AUGCUCCCGGAGCCUAAGUAUGACCGCUUCCGUGACGAGCCGCUGACCAACCCCAUGCCCUCGCCGGCCCCCGCCGCUCCGGGGCCGUGCCCUGCGGUGGGCGACGAGCCCGAGGGCGGCACCACGUUCUGCGCGCUGCUGCCGCGGAUGCCGCACUGGAAGUUCCCCGGCCCCGCCGCUUUCCUCGGCCGCGGUGCCGCCGCUCGGGAACUCUCAUCUUCAGCCCGUGCUGGCGGUACCGGCGCUCCGGGAGCUCCCUCGGCUCUGGCCGCCGUGCUGGGAGCCUGCGAGCCGCUGUGUGCCGCGCCCUGCGCGCUGCCGGCGCCCGGGCGGCCGCGGGGGGCUGCGGGAGCGACGGGGCGGGCGGGGCGGGGGGACGCGGCGCGGCCGCCCGGGGAGGAGUGGAGCCGCAAAGGCAGCUUCAUCCGUAAGCCGGCGCAGGGCUGGCUGCACCCCGACGAGAGGGUCUUGGGCCCCGGUGUCUCCUACAUCGUCAGGUACAUGGGCUGCAUCGAGGUGCUGCGCUCCAUGAGGUCCCUCGACUUCAACACCCGGACACAGGUCACCAGGGAAGCCAUCAACAGACUAUACGAGGCUGUGCCGGGUGUGAAGGGCAUCUGGAAGAAGAAGGCUCCCAACAAAGCCCUCUUCUCCAUCCUGGGUAAGAGCAACCUGCGCUUCGCCGGCAUGAGCAUCGCUGUCAACAUCUCUGUCGAUGGGCUGAACCUCAUGAUCCCCACCACUCGUCAGAUCAUUGCCAACCACCACAUGCAAUCCAUUUCCUUCGCCUCCGGAGGGGACACGGACACCACGGAUUACGUAGCCUACGUCGCCAAGGAUCCCAUCAACCAGAGAGCCUGCCACAUCCUGGAGUGCUGCGAGGGGCUGGCGCAGAGCGUCAUCAGUACGGUGGGACAGGCCUUUGAGCUGCGCUUCAAGCAGUACCUGCACAGCCCCCCCAAGGUGGUGGUACCCCCAGACAGGGUGCUGGGUGCAGAGGAGUCAGCCUGGGGAGAGGAUGAAGAGGCAGCUGAGCACGAUUACUACAACAGCAUCCCAGGGAAGGAGCCACCCCCGGGGGGACUGAUCGACUCCCGGCUCCGUCACGGCACAACCCAAAGCCACAUCCGUACCCAGCCCUCCAGCUCUGCUCCCUCCAGCCAGGGUGGGUUUGCAGCCAGGAGAGACCAGAGCAGCCAGCUGGGGCCACCCUGGGACGUGGAGAACCAGGGCCAGCCCUGUGAUGGGUACCUGCAGGCAGACAGCCACCCCCUGGGGCCACGGGACUACGAGGAGCACAUGUACGUGAACACACAGAGCCUGGACGCCUGGGAGCCAGAGGCAGCAGCAAGGGGGGUGCUGGAGGAGAGCCCCAAAAAGGACCUCUUUGAUAUGAGGCCAUUUGAGGAUGCCCUGAAGCUCCACGAAUGCACUGCAGGGGGUGGCACCAGCAUCCCCAUCGAGGACCAGUGGCCAAGCCCCCCCACGAGGAAAGCCCCCAUCGCCCCCACGGAGGAGCAGCUGAGGCAUGAGCCCUGGUACCACGGCAAGAUGAGCAGGAGGGAUGCUGAGAGGCUCCUGCAGAUGGAUGGAGAUUUCCUGGUGAGGGACAGCCUCACCAACCCAGGGCAGUACGUGCUGACUGGGAUGCACAGUGGGCAGCCCAAGCACCUGCUGCUGGUGGACCCUGAGGGAGUGGUGAGGACCAAGGACGUGCUGUUUGAGAGCAUCAGCCACCUCAUCAGCCACCACAGGCAGAACGAGCAGCCCAUCGUGGCUGCAGAGAGCGAGCUGCACCUCCGGCAGGUUGUCCAGAGGAAACAGUGAUACCAGGGGUAUGUGAGCCCCUGACCCAUUCCCCACUGGCACUGUGGGCUUGCCCCAGCCCUGGGGUAAAGCUGAGCUCCCUCUGUGCUCUCCUCCUCUGGUUGUGCCUGGUCUCUGAGGGAGGCAAAGCCUCUGCCACACACCCCAGGGCCAAGAUCUGGCUCCACAUCACCUUCCCCAGUGAAGCCUCGUGGUCCCUGGCCCUGAAGACAUCCCCCUUCCCCUUGCUGCCUCCCCUCCAUGGGGGUCUUUUCCCCAGCUGGACAUGAAGCUGUUAUCCCUUGUAUGCAGGUGAAACACUGCCAGGGUGGGAGCUGGGGAGUGACCACACCAAGAGGGACCCAACCCCAAAUCUGGCUGCUCCUGCCCAGGGCUGCCCCUGGCUCAUCCUUGGCAAUGGGUGGUCAUGGCUAUGGGGCUGCCCUGGCCCUGUCCUGCCCAGGGGCUCUGCUUGCAUGGGGCUGCCAGUCCCCUGCCCAGCACUGCUGCCCUCAGGGCUGGCUGCAUCCUGGCACAAGGAAUUGAUUGAUCUCUGCACAGUGACAGAGCAAAUGUGGUUGGGCUGGUGCCAGGAGCUGUGUCCCAGGGUGGGCUGGGGUGAGCAGCUUGGUGUGUGUGUGCAGGGAUGUGUGUGUAUCUGUGUGAGGGGCAACUGGAGGACCAGCCCCUUGCCCACAGAGCUGUGCCUCUCACCCACUACUGCUGCUCAGGACCCAGCUCCCUGCCUCAGGCCCCUCUCUCUGCCAGGACAUUUGGAGGGUGUCCCUACCCAUGGCAUCCUCAGUCAGUGGGAGCUGGAGCCCCUGGUUUAGCUCUACCCAUGAGGCUGGGCACACAGAUAUCUGCUGGUGGAUGGUGCUGCUGGUUCUCCCUGUUGAUCCCACAUUUCCAGACGGGUUUUCCCCAGGAGCAGCUGCUGUGGGAAGCUCCUGGUGGCCCCAAGUCCCUGCAGCCUUCCCUGAGCCAGAGCCAGACCCAAGCUGCUGCAGGGAAGGUGCAGGGCAGGGGUGAGCUGCUGCUACUGGCUCCCAAGGCUGUGGCUGCCAGGAGGAGAAGCAUCCCAUGGCCCUGGGGAGCAGCCCCCAGGCAGCUGAGGCUUUCAGCUGGUUUUUAUGGUGUACAUGGCCCCUCCUGCAGCCUGGCUGGUGCUGGGGGGUCCUGCUUUGGAAUAUGUUUCUAA